CUGGAUAGAAACUGCAGCAGUUAGAGCGAACCCGAGCAUUAGACAGGAGAUAUACGUUCCUUCCCCCUCCCCCCUCUCAACCCUGUCGUGGAGGGCCUAUUAACUACGCCGGCUGUAUCUUCUCCUGACCAGCAGUGUGACCCGUCCCGGAGUUGUCCCCUGCUGUUCCGCGCGUUUUCUGCAGUUACGUGUUCAACGGGAGAGCGCCCAUACAACAAGGUUACGUCAUAGUGAUUUAUAUUCUCAACCCACUCUGCUCAUCUACAACUGCAAAUAUAUUCCCAGAUUUAAGAUGGAUUAAUCUGGGAGAACUGUGAAGACUGAAACCCAACAUAUCCAAGAAGACUGAAAAGUUUGUAUGUUGUCCGACAUGCAGGACAGGGACGAACACAAGAGCGGUGACGAGGGGAGUAAAGAUGAGAAUGCAGUUAACCACGAGAUCGCGACACUUUUGCUCAACCUUGCUUCCAGAACUCACUCCUCAGAGACAUUUAAAAAGCAGUCUUCUAAACCUGAUCCUGACGUAGCCAUGGAUCUAUCAAACUAUGCAAAAUCAAACUCUCUACCGAGCCCAGCACAGCUUGGUAGUCCUAACACAAGCUUCCAUAGCACGGUGCCAACCUCAAGUAACCCGUACUCCCUGUUUCCAACUUCCAAUGGUUUAAACACCAUCCCCUCGUCCUACCUCCUCCAGAACUUGUUGAUCGGUAAGAUGCAGCAGCAGUUGACCUGCUCUACGGAUCGUAUCCCUGCAAAUAUCAGUGAGUCUGUAAAGUUGGGGAUGAGUCAGAUGAGCGGGAAACCUGCCUGUAAACCAGGAACUGGUCCACACGCUAAUAUUCCUCUUCUCUCUGGACAAAUUGUGGCGCAGCUCAACGCUCUUCUCUUCUCCAUACAUGGGCUUACAGAUAAGAAUAUAGAAAGUAAGGUUGAGGUUCAGUUAGCGGCCAUAUAUACCAGACUACAGGAGAUUGUAACUCUGGUUCAGAUUACUAAGACCAAGGAUGAGAAACCAUCUCUUGGAUUGACUGAGAUUAAAGAUGAACCGAAGGUAUCUCGACAGGACGAGUUUCCGCAGAGCUCGGUGAUAAGCGUAGGAAAGACGGGGAAGAUCUCAAGUUCCAUAUCUCCAGUAGAGAAUAUUAAAUCAGAGGUUGGUUCUACUCCUCAGCUCCGGGUACUACCCUACUGCAAGGAAUACGAACCUAGUUCUAUCAUAUCCCGAAAACCUGGCAGGGACGGAGCUUACACUGAGACCAGUCCCCCUGAGAAGAGGAUGAAAAUGAGUCCUGAUAAUUGUACCAGCUCCAGUCCUCCAGGUUCUACGCGGAAGACGAGCAAGGGAGGGAAAGGUAUCCGGAACCGAGUAUUCUGUGGGGAUUGCCCAGGAUGCCUGAAGAAUGAUGACUGCGGUCAAUGUCGGUAUUGCAAGGAUAAAACCAAGUUUGGCGGACAAAACCGACUCCGUCAGAAAUGUUUACACCGCCGCUGUCAGAUGGACACUCACCGACGGUCAUCUCAGCAAAAUUCGGCGGUUGGCGGUGUUGAACCGACGAUAUACAGCGGAGUAGAAUUAGCUAGACUGACCAGCCAUAAUGAUGAUGAGAGACAAGCACAGUUCUCGUCUAUGCUAGGAUCGAGUCCUGGAAGUGUUAGCAGUCCUGAACCAGAAGGAAGUCAGAACAGUCACCAAUCAAGGAUAGAUAAGUGGAAAGCAAAGCACCAAGCCAUGCUCAAACUAGCAGCUGAGAGCAAACACAGAGGUGAGCAAACCUCUCCUUCUCCCCCCUUGGAGCAGAGCAAGCUCGUGAUCACGCUCUCGGAGAAGGACGAGGAGAAGAUGAAGGAGAAUUCUAGGUUUCCAGGUCGGAGUCUAAACACGGCUCUAGUGGUCUAGCUGGGACCCUGAUAUCCCUGGAUUCACCAACCUACAUUCCUUUUAUAUAUAUUAGAAUAUAUAUAGAAAUCAUCAAAUAGCCCUUUACCACAAUGCAGCCCCGGGAUUAGCUGAAUAUUCAGCUUGAUCCUGUUUACAACUGAAAUUAAGGGAUAACGUGUCUCAUCCUAAAACCUAGAAAAGAAGGACAUCUUGUUUGUUUUUGUUUUGUCUACUGGACCACAUUUAGUUUUCAUUAAUUUGAAGAUGUGGCAAACUUUUGAGCUUUAUUUAUCUAUUUUAGUGACCUAUAAUCUAAAUCAACCUAUGCAGAAGCUUAAAUUGGGCAUUUGAAAGCAACUAGCAACCUUAAUAUAGAAGCCAUAAACUUAAUAUUUUGUCAAAUUAUAAAUAGUUAUUCGAAUGAUUAAAAACAUUUUACUUGAAGUUAUUAAUAUAAUAUCAUAUUUCUAAGGCAUAAAUAAUGUUUCAAAAAAGUGAAACAGAAAAAGUAUUAUCAUGUCACAACCCUUACAAACAGAAAGUAUGCAAAAAAAGCUUCCAAAUUUCAGUUUAUUUACAGAAAAAGACUUAAUACGUCUCAAAAAUGGAAAUUUAUUUACGUGAUAUGGUUUAAAAUAACUUUUUGGAUCUAGUUCAUGUUUCCAUAUUGAAAUUGAUUUUAACUUAACUCACGUAACAUCAAUGAUACCUUCCAUAUUGACAUAAACUGAUUCAAACUGAUUUUGAUUUACAUAAACUGAUUCAAACUGAUUUUGAUUGACAUAAACUGAUUCAAACUGAUUUUGAUUGACAUAAACUGAUUCAAACUGAUUUUGAUUGACAUAAACUGAUUCAAACUGAUUUUGAUUGACAAACUGAUUCAAACUUAUUUUGAUUGACAUGAACAAAUUUUAACUGACAAAAUCUGAAAAAUUACAUUAAGUGAUUCAAAUGGACAGGAACUGUUUAUAACUGACAUGAACGAAUUAAACUGAUUUGAAUUGACAUACUCUGAUUUAAACUGUUCUCAAUUAAUGUAAAGUAAAAUUAAAUUUAGACUGAACGAGAAACGUAACAAGAACUAUAAAACGACUAAUUAAUAGGCUUACAGAAAUAACUUGUACAUAAAUAACUAAAUAUAUAAAUGACUUAAUUACGAUUGAAAUUGAACUGAUCCAAAUAGUUAAGUUCAUUUCACUGUUUUUUUUCAAGUGUUUCGUGGCAUUAUAUACACCUGAAAUGUUUAUUAACAUAUCAAUUUUUAGAAAAGUGUUGUUCAUAGUUUAAUUGUUAUUACUUCAUUUGUUAACAUGUAUACAUAGUACGUUGUACAAUGUACACAAUAGCUUGGGAAUCCCAUAGGUCAGAAAAAAAGUCAUGAUUCACAAAACCAGUUUUAUUAUAAAUAUAUUUAUAUUAUUUUAGUUGAAGGAUAAGUAAAAAGUACUCUUCUCGUAUCAAUGCAACUGUUGACACUUAAGGUUUCCCAAGCUUGUGAAAAUUACUAAUAAUAUGGGCAUGCUAUUAUUAUUAUUAUUAUUAAUAUUAAUCUAUGAGAAGUUUAUAUAUUGAAUCUCAUGCGCUAAACUAACAUUGUUAUAUAUAUUCCUUCUUUUGGUCUGAUUUUCCAAACCCACAUAUCAUGCAUUCUAAUAUUUAAUUUCCGCCCUCUGUGAUUCAUUUGAAGAAUAUUAUUUCUAUGCAAUUUUUGUCAUUCCGUUGCAAGCGGGUUUGCCAUAGCUAUCGACUUAAUAAUAAUAUGCGUAAAGUUAUGUAAACUUUUGUAAAUUCGUUUUUUUUCGGUAGACAGUAGGUGCUCUUCGUGUCAUAUCAGGGGUUUCAACAUUUACGAACAAACUGUACACAAAUUUGGUUUUUUUGCCGGUUUUUGCAUUAUAUUUACAUAAUUUGCUUUUUAUUAUUUAGUUCGAUGGUAUUGUACCCCCUUCAUUGUUUGUAAGUUCCUUUAAAUGUAUUUGUUAAAAAGGGACAUUACCUUAAAUUGUUAUAUAAAUUACUGAGCUUCUUUAUUGUGGGUGUCCAGCCCAAAGUGUCCCUUAGGGUCAGGUAACCUGGUUAUUGAGUUUUUUCUUAACAAUUAUUAUUUCGUAUUUACUCAAUAUUUCACUUCAAUAAAUUUUCAUUGAAA